CAGGGACCACCCGGCCCACCAGGACCACCAGGACCACCUGGAGAUCCAGGAGAGGCUGGAACCCCCGGACGCCCUGGAAAUGAUGCACCUAAUGGACAGCCCGGACCUCGUGGACCUCCUGGACCUGCUGGAGAGCCUGGACAGCCUGGACCUCAAGGAGACCCUGGAUCACCUGCACAAAGCGAGCCACUCACACCCGGUGCACCUGGCGAGCCCGGAGACCCAGGCGUUAACCAACAUAUACAGUACCCUCAAAGUAUUGUCUCUCGCCGAAAAACGUCGCGACGCGGGCGUUACGACCUCUUCGGUGUCUGUUGUCGUCACAUCCUCAUCAUCUCCGCUUUCUUCAUCAUUACUGCUCAUUUCGGUGCAAUCAAUCUACCUGAGUCCCUUAAUAAAAUCUCGUUUCUUUAGUUUACUGUUCUUGAACCAAUGUUCACUGGGUAGAGCCUCUUUCAAAACUUAAGC